AAACUCUCCCAUGCAUUUCUCCAAACACCUCACCAGCAGAGAAACACACACACAUUCUGCUUCAGCAGACGCCUUCAGGAGCGCAGCGCUUAUCUUUGACAUUUUGAACUCAGAUAUUCUAGUGUUUUGCAACCCAGAAAAUCCGUCUAAAUGCUGACAGAGCCGUGCGGCCCGAUGGGAUCGGAUGUCAGAGACCUGAGCGCCCUGCUUCCAGCUGUCCCGACACUUCCAGUGGGAAACUCAAACUCUCUGCCUGUCGGCGGAGCUUCGCAGUGGGGCCCGAUGCUGGACUUUCACCCUGCCUCUCCCUAUGGAUCUCUUCCUUCCCACUCCUUCGUGAAGCAGGAGCCUGGCUGGGGGCCCCCAGACCCUUACGAGGACCCUCACUGCGGUUUGGGGGCCUUCACUGUACACUUCUCUGGGCAGCUGACAGGGAUGCACGGCCCAUUUGCUGAUCCUCCUUCUAGCCAAAGCAGAAUGUUCUCCAAUGGGCCUUAUUUGCCAGGCUGCAUGGAGAGUCCUCCUGCUCCACGCAACCAGGGUUAUGGGACAGUAGCAGUCGACGGAAUUCCCAGUUACGGUCACACACCUACACAACACUCUCCUCCGUUCCCUAAUGACACCUUCAAACACGAGGACCCGAUGUCUCCGCAAAGCACCAUGGGUGAGCAGCAGUUCUCCGUCCCGCCGCCUGUAUACGGCUGUCACAGUCCACCAGAUCAGACGCUGCUUCUAAGAAACUCCUUAAACAGUGAUAAUCUGUACCAAAUGAAGUCUCAGCUGGAGUGUGUGGCCUGGAAUCCUGUUAGCUCACUGACGCCCAGCAUCAAGAGCUCCAGUUAUGAAACUGAAGCAUCUUCAGGAGCACCUCCUCUGGUCUACAGCUGCAGCACACAGUAUCACAUACACACACAUGGGUUGUUCAGAGGAUUACAGGAUGUGCGGCGAGUACCAGGCAUCCCUUCCUCCGGUAAAUCAUCAUCAGACAGCAGUGAGAAACGGCCGUUCGUCUGCUCUUAUCCAGGCUGCAGUAAGAGAUACUUCAAACUGUCCCAUCUGCAGAUGCACGGCAGGAAACACACAGGGGAAAAGCCGUAUCAGUGCGAUUACACGGGCUGCGGCCGCCGCUUCUCCAGGUCUGACCAGCUGAAGAGACACCAGCGCAGACACACAGGCGUCAAACCCUUUCAGUGUGAGACGUGUCAGAGAAAGUUUUCACGCUCGGACCACCUGAAGACACACACGCGGACUCAUACAGGUAAAACAAGUGAGAAGCCGUUUACGUGCCGCUGGCCGAGCUGUCAGAAGAAGUUUGCUCGCUCAGAUGAGCUGGUCAGACAUCACAGCAUGCAUCAGAGAAACAUGAGCAAACUGCAGCCCACCGUCUGACACACACACACACACAGAAACACACACACUGACCCGUACACCAGGGGUGACCUGAUGACAUCACAACUCAUUCAUUUUCCUUCGGCAUAGUCCCUUUAUUCAUCAAGGGUCGCCACAGUAGAAUGAACCGCCAACUUAUUCAGCAUAUGUUUUACACAGUGAUUGUUGGGAAACAUCCACUCACAACUGCUCAUUCAUACACACACACACACACACACACACACUACAGCCAAUUUAGUUUAUUCAAUUUCCCUAUACUGCAUGUGUUUGGACUGUGGGGGAAACCGGAGCACCCAGAGGAAACCCAUGCCAACACAGGGAGAACAUGCAAACUCCACACAGAAAUGCCAAAUGACCAAGCCGAGGCUCGGACCAGAGUCCUUCUUGCUGUGAGGCAAUCGUGCAAACCACUGAGCCACCGUGUCGCAGACAUCACAACUGUACUAGCAAAAUGAAUCCAUUCAGACUUGACACAACAUGGAAACACUGCCGUUUACACAGUGUGUGUGUGUGUGUGUGUGUGUGUGUUUGGAUAAUAUUGGAUCAUCUCUUUUUGUAAAUAAGAACUGUUUUUACUUUUUUUCUACUUGAUCUUUUUACACGCAUGACCUGCUGAAUGCACUGGGUAUACGGUAUGUUUGACAAGAUGUGCUGGGUCAUUUAAAGUCAUCUUAAUUUUGGAAAAAAAACAACAACAACACUGCACUGUAAUGCCUUUGUGCAUAUUUAACGAGUGACAGCAGAAUUUCUGAAAAUGUCUUUUUAUAAUAAAUGAUAUGAUGCAAUGAUUUAAAGAACUAUAAAAAAUCUUCACAUGUA